CAGUUUGGUCGUCAACAGUUAAACAAAUAUAUAUGAUAGUUUGAUUUUUGCUUUUCUUUUACUUACGCAUAAAUCGCUGUCACUUUUUAAAAUGACUAUCAAAUUGAAAGUUCAAUAUAUCGGAAUUACUAUUGCAGCCUAUGUGAUUCUAUUUAUAAUACGCAAUAUUGGAUAUCUGGUAGCAGAGAUUUUUUUUGCACUGCAAUAUUAAGGUUAAAAUAUGUAAUACUUGUUCAAUGAAAUAUCAGAACGAACUUCGUUAAACAAACCGGAUAACCAAAUAAUGGCAUUUUCUUAAGGUCUAUACGAUUACAAAAGUAUCAAAUUACUCUACUUCAAUUCGGACACAAGGGUUAAAAAAAUAAUAUAUUGAUUACAAAUCUUCUGAUUUUGUACAAUAAAUGUUUGCCAUCGUCAGUGAAUGAUUUUAAAACUUAUGAGAUUAUUAAUGUAUUCUACAGCAGUCACCUACAGAUGCGUGAUUUUCAGUUUGGUCGUGUGCAGUUAAACAAAUAUAUAAGACAGUUUGAUUUGUGUGUGCCCUUUUAAUUUUCGCGUAAAUCGUUGCCAAUAAAUUGAAUUUGUAGAAUGACUAUCAAAUUGAAAGCUCAAUAUAUCGGAAUUAUUAUUGCAACCGGUGUGAUUAUAUUUCUGAUACGUAAUAUAGGAUAUCUGGUAGCAGAGUUUGCCCUACACUGCAAUAUUAAUGUUAAAAUAUGUAAUACUUGUUCAAUGAAAUAUCAGAACGAACUUCGCCAAACAAAACGGAUACCAAAUAUAAUGCAUCAAAUUUAUUUUCCUGUAAAAAGUAAAACUCUAUCAAAAGAUCUCAUAAAGGCGCGCACAAGCUGUAUUCAGACACACAGUGGUUAUACUCACUAUCUGUGGAAUGAGACGGAAGUAAUAAAAUUUAUUCGUACCGAGUAUCCUCACAUAGAACCCCUGUAUUCGAGCUACGAUUACUGGGUACGGCGUGUGAAUGUUGCCAGAUAUCUUAUUCUCUAUCAUUAUGGAGGCUGGUAUGUGGAUCUGGAUAUGACAUGUGUCAAGAGUGUUUCUAACAUUGCGGAAGAAGUACUCAGACUGAAUAAAAGUGUUGUUCAACAUUACACCUGGCCAGUUGGAACCUCCAAUGAUUUCUUUGGAGUAACACCAAAACAUCAGUUCUUAAAGUCAGUUCUAGAUCACCUGCCAAACUCAAAUCGAUGGUUCAUAUUUCCUUAUCCGAAUACAGUAUUAACAACAGGAACGACGUACAUGUGGGGACGUUAUCUAAACUAUCCAUAUGGAGAAGAAUUUUUCAUUUUAAAUCCGGAUGAGAUCAAAACCUAUUUUCGUCAUCACCACGACUCGGCUUGGCACGGCUGGGACGCACAGAUUAUCCGAUUCUUUGUACACAACUACCACAAAAUUUUACCAUUAUCAGUUCUAAUAAUUAUUAUUUUAAUGUAUUUUUGGGUACUGAGAAAAUAGUUUUAAGGUAUAUUUUACCGAUGUAUGUGUGACCGAUUUGCACGAAGUAUGUUUUUCUUCCCAGUCAUUAAUAAAUUAAAUACAUCAGUUUUCUAUUUAUAAAAGAAACAUUUGCUCAUUUUUUUGGUUGAUUGCUUAUUGUUAGAGUUCUUUGCGUGAAUGUGAGUUGGAAUUACUGUUUAUGUACAUUAAAUACCAUUAAAGCUGCA